AUGUUCACUCUGUCCAGCCUCGUGCAGAAGGCCCAGCAGUUGGUCGACCCGACCCAAGGCCUGAACCUGACCAACUCGGACAAGAAUCCGUCCAAGUCGUCGCUCUUUCAGAACCAGUUUCGCCUUCCCAGCACCCAGACACCGCUGUACGAGAUCAAUGCCGAGUUGACCAUCCCGCCCGCCAAUGCCACCUACGGAGGGAAGGACCACGAUCGAGGCUACCACUAUGCUGGCAAGCUGCAUCUCUCCGAGGGUUACAUGUGCUUCUCCACAACCCCCUCAAGCUUCAUCCAGUCGGCGAGCACCUCGACUAGCUCUGCUUUCACGGGCCAGACACAUGGCGGAGGCCCGAGCGGGAAUGGCUUCACCUUCCCUCUCUGUGCCAUUCGCCGCGUCGAGAGGCUGAACAGCCAGAAUUUCCAGUUUGCCUUGGCGAUUACCACCUGGAACGGCAUCACCCAGCAAAGGGACAAAGACAAGGAGACCGCCGCCGAAAAGGAAAAGAAGGACGGCAGAGAGCAGAGGAUCACGAUACACCUAGCCGGCACUCGGCAGGGAUGCGAGCGUUUUUGCGAUGGCUUGAAGAAGGGCCUCAGGGCCGGCGUUGGUAAUGUCGGCAAGUACAAGAAGGUUGUCGGCGAGUGCUACUCCGAAUAUCUUCUCAGGUCGGACGACAAGAAGAAUGCGAGCCCGCCCGACGCCGGUUUGGGCAUGAUGUUCCGCUACCCUGGAGACCCCAAGAAGUUGCGCGACAGGGCCAAGAUGCGCCUCUGGGCCGAAUACCUGCGCGACAACGGUCGGAACAUGACGCUGAUCCGUCAACCCACCUUCCACAAGCUCAUCCGUGUCGGCCUGCCCAAUCGACUGAGAGGCGAGACCUGGGAGUUGACCUCGGGAUCCAUCUACCUCCGGCUCGAGCACCCCACAUUAUACGCCGAGACACUGGCCAAGUACGAAGGCCAAGAAUCUCUCGCUAUCGACGAGAUCGAGAAGGACCUGAACCGUAGCCUUCCGGAGUAUCCCGGCUUCCAGAGCGAAGAGGGAAUCGGUCGGCUCCGGCGCGUACUUACCGCCUACAGCUGGGUGAACCCCGACGUCGGCUACUGCCAGGCCAUGAACAUCGUCGUGGCGGCACUGCUAAUCUACAUGUCCGAGUCACAAGCCUUCUUCCUCCUGUCGUCACUCUGCGACAGGCUCGUCCCAGGCUACUACUCGACCACCAUGUAUGGAACCCUACUGGACCAGAAGGUAUUCGAGUCGCUUGUCGAGAAGACGAUGCCCAUCUUGUGGGAACACCUGGUGAAGAGCGACGUGCAACUUUCUGUCGUGUCGCUGCCUUGGUUUCUGUCACUGUACAUAAACUCUAUGCCUCUGGUCUUCGCUUUCAGAGUGUUGGAUGUUUUCUUCGUCGAAGGACCCAAGGUUCUGUUCCAGAUCGGCCUUGCCAUCUUGAGAAUCAACGGCGAAGAGCUGUUGGACGCCGCUGACGACGGCGCCUUCAUUUCCAUCCUCAAGGGUUACUUCGCUCGUCUAGACGAGUCGGCACAUCCCAAGUCAGAGAACCCGAAGCUGCGUGCUGUCACGAAGUUCCAGGAAUUGAUGGUCGUGGCGUUCAAGGAGUUUUCCGGAAUCACUCACAGCAGCAUCACGGAUUUGCGGUUAAAGAAUAAGGACGCCGUUCUCAGCAACAUCGAGAGCUUCGCAAAGAGAACAGCUCUUCGGAACCUAGGCCCCGACAGCAAGCUCUUGGCGACAGAAGAGCUGGGCGCCCUAUACGAUCGCUUCUAUACCAUUCUGUACGAAAGACAGCAACGCGAAAGCAUUAUUCAGCAAGAGAAGCAACGUCGCGCGAAAAACGCGCGGCCUAGAGCGCGCGAUGUUUUUGAAGCCAACGACGAGCACGUCGAGAAGGGCCGCGUGGCACUCGGUGCCAGCACCAGCCUGAUGGAUUACGACGCCUUUAGGGAGUUCCUCGCCAACAUGGCCAAGUGGGCCAUCUCCGACUCGCCCACCACGCCACGCCGAGAUACCUUUGCAGACAAGGACAGGAACGCCUACACUAGCCGCCGACAGAACAACGGCAUGUUGUCUCCUUGGGGCUCCAGUCCGGAGCCCGCCGACCACGAGUUCAUGCAACGGCUCUUCAAGAAAUGGGAUGUCAGCGGCACAGGCGCGCUGACCCUGGCCAACGUCGUGGCUGGUUUUGCGAGGAUCAAGGGCAAAAAGGAUAUCAUGGGCACCAUCACUUACUUCUUCGAGCUGUAUGACGAUGACGGCGAUGGCAAGGUUGACCGUGAGGGAAUCUUACGCAUCUCCGAAGCUUUGUUGUUCUUGUCGAGGCGGGGACUUGAGGGAACCCUGAGCCCAAGUGCCUCUACCCUCACGCUCGGCACUUCCAACGGACAAGGCCCCGAGCCCGGCCUACCCGGGAUCUCGACCAAUGAGAAGUUCCUGGGUAGCGUCAGUGCAUUUAUAAGACGGUGCUUCGAAUAUGCCGAUCCAGAUCACCCGAACAACAAGAUUCACGAGGAAGAAAAGCACAAGUCUGCGGACGACGGCGGAACGUUUGCCAUUGGCGACGACGACGACGAGGAUGAGGAGGAUCUCCUUGCUAUGGACUCACCAGAAAGUAGCCCGUCUAAAGCAAAAAAGUUGUCACCGGAGUCGCCAUCGUCGUUAGCCGAGGGCAAGUCGUACCAGCCUGCCGCAGGGCAACGACGCGUCUCCAAGGCGCAAUCAGAAGCGGCAAAUGCUGCACUGGACCCCGCCAACCCUCUUCACAUGACACUGCCAACGUUCCGCAUGGUUGUUCUCGCCGAUGAGCUCCUCGAGCAGUUUUUCGAGUCCUCCUUCCCGAUGUCCUUCCAUCUCAUUGAGGGUCUGCCGUCCGCAUCGACGCCUACGUCAACGCUCACGACCUUCUCCAGCCUGAACUUCGGACGUGCGCCAGUUGCUGCCCUGAAUCCCGCUGCCCAAGGAGCGACCCGUGGCCUUCGCGGGGUACUGGACAAUAUUGUCACGGACGGCAUGCGUGUCGCUGCGGAAGUGCGAAGGAGGAUGGAGGAGGCGCAGAAGGAGCUGGAGAAGAACGCCUUACCCGGACAACGAGACGACGACGAGGAGGACGACGCAGACAUUGGGGUGGAAAUCGGCAUCAGAAAGGGCACGGCCGGGGGCAGCGCCGACAUUGAAAGGCGCAGUGUCCGGAGCGAAGACCGAGAUCUACUCGAUGGGGCAGACGCCGAGGCUGGGGCCAACGGCGGCGGCAAGGAAGGGCAGCUCGUGGACAUUGAGCCGACGACCCGGAGCGAUGCAAAUUCCAAGGGCGUUGUUGAGUUUGAGGGCUGA